AUGCCGGCUGGGUCCCUGGGGUGCCACCGUGCCACCCUCUGCCACGCGCCGGAGCAGGUAACGGCGGUGCCAGGAGCAGCGGUGACUUUGUGCGCUGAGCACGGGGAGUCCGUAAAUGCCAAGCCGGAAUCACGGCUGGGGGGACACCACGCACCCACGAGGAGAUCGGGGGCUGCUGGGGGAAAGGGGCUGCUCAGAGGGUCUGAGCCUCUCCGCCUGCCAGCCCUGCACUGCUGGGAGAUCGAGGUUGGGCCCCUCGGUGAGCAGGCAGAGAGCGCAGUGGGUGUGUUUGAACACGAGCGUUUGCUUUUCCCAGCAGUGCCACCCCCUCCUCCCCGCGGGCUGCGCAAUGGCUUGGCACCCUGUGCGAGCCCGUCCCUGUCCCCCCGAAAUAUCCCUGAGUGCCUCCCACCAGCCUGGGCUGGUGAGCGCUGCCCGUGUGAGGGCUGGAGGUGCAAGGGCUGGAGGUGUGAGGGCUGGAGGUGCGAGGGCUGGAGGUGCAAGGGCUGGAGGUGCAGGGGCCAGAGGUGCAAGGACUGGAGGUGCAAAGGGUGGAGGUACAAGGGCUGGAGAUACGAGGGCUGGAGGUGCAAGGGCUGGAGGUGUGAGGGCUGGAGGUGUGAGGGCUGGAGGUGCGAGGGCUGGAGGUGUGAGGGAUGGAGGUGCAAGGGAUGGAGGUGCGAGGGAUGGAGGUGCAAGGGAUGGAGGUGCAAGGGCUGGAGGUGCAAGGGCUGGAGGUGCGAGGGAUGGAGGUGCAAAGGGUGGAGGUACAAGGGCUGGAGGUGUGAGGGCUGGAGGUGUGAGCAGGGGAGAGGAGGGGGCCGCCUGCACGUGGGCGCUGCUGCCCAGGCGCAGGGGGAGGACGCUGCCACCCCCACGGCAGUGCCUGGGCGAGCGGUUCCGCGCUCGCAGCCGGGCUGGGUGUGCGGGGGGGAUCCAUCGCCCGCGGUGCCGCUGCCGCUUGCCAAGUUAUGUAAAGUGCCUGGCCCCUCCCUGGCAUGCAGCAAGCACGCAGCACCUCCCAGGCGGUCAGCCCUGAAGGUCCCUGGGGACUGGGGAGGUGGCGUGUAAAUGCACCGAGGGCGGCCACCUCUGCGCCCCCUGACCUCGGGGGGGUCCCCGUAUUCACACUCCUGGCAGAGAAUUGAGAGGGAUGGGGGCAGUGCAGGGAGCCCAGGUGCCCGCUGCGGUGCUGCAGCAGCCCCAGGACACCCGCGGGGGCCGUCCCGUGCGCCCCCGUGCCAGCACAGCCGUGCCCCUGGCGCGCACCGGCACGGGGACCCGCACCCCGUCCCCACGUCCCGCCGAGCGGCUGCUUUUCUCCCCAACAUGGUAAUGAACUCCGCGGAUUAUCAGCUCCCAGAUUUAAUAGAGGCACAGCCACACUCCGGCAGACUUUAAAACAGUCAUUAUUUCAUCAGCAGCCCCAUUAAACUGUCACGGGCUUUGCUGUGCGCUCGCUCCUAUUUUUUCUUUCUUUCUUUCUCUCUCUCCCUCCCGCCUUUUCUCCAUCACCAGCUUUUUCACCCCAGCAGCACAAAGC